AAAUCAUUUCAAUCUCCCCUUCAUUUUCGGUGUUCCUAAAAUCCAGCGAAAACUUCCCUUGGUCUCAACUCAGGUCCAUUCCCAUGGACUUCUCCGUCAAACCUCCCGGCGGCUCACCUUCUCCGUCGUCUUCCACCUCUUCCUCCACCCCUCACCGUUUCAAAUCCGCCGGUACACCCACCGCAACUGCCGCUGUCGUCUCAGGGAUCUCCUCCGAUCGGGAUCCGAUGCAUUCCUGGUGGGAAUCAGUCUCUAAGCAGCGCUCUCGCAUCCUCUCUCUUUCUUCUCUCCUCUCUGAGAUUUCUCAGUCGGAGGACGGUGACGGAAGUCCGAUCUCCUCUCUUGCCGAUUCCGAUAGGCCGGCGCUAUCUCUCCUUUCCUCUCGCGCUGCUUACUCAUUGAUCUCGACGUCUCUUUGCAAUCCGGCUUCUGGUUCCGGAUCCGACCCGCUCUGCCAGUGGCUCUACGAAACAUAUCUCUCAUCCGAUCCACCCCUUCGUCUUGUCGUCCUCUCGUUCCUCCCGUUACUCGCCGGAAUGUACUUAUCUCGAAUUCAUUCCUCCGAUUCGUCGUCUCUUCCUUCUCUCUCCGGAUUCGAAGCUGUGCUUCUCGCAAUCUACGCCGCAGAGGUCAAAGCCCGCGCCGGAAAACCUAUACUCGUACACAUCCCGGAUCUCUCUCAGCCAUCUCUCUACCACACGCCGCGAAACGGAAUUGACAAAUCGCAUGAUCCCAAUCCAACCGCCUCCGUCGGAGUCUUGUCUCCGCAGCUCGAGCCUCAGGUUGCGGUCAAGUCAACGAAACGUGCCAGCAUCGUUGGCGUGGGACUACAAUGCUAUUUCAAGGAGAUCUCACAGAUGCCGGGUUGGUCCAAGCUCGAAUUCUGUAAAUUCGCUGCUAAUUGGGCUGGUCAGGACUGCGAUUGCAAGGAAAAGAUGGACGGAGACGAAGACAAAGUCCUAGCACUAACCAACGGUUUUGCAGAUUCCUCGUCUCUCAAUGGAAGCAGUGGACGGAGCCUUGAGAUAGAGGAGGAUUUUGAGAGAUUAGCUAUCAGAGAGAAGGAAGAACAGCUUAGCUCUAAUGGCGUGGAAGGAGAAAGCGUGAGGAUUCCACUUCCAUGGGAGCUGUUUCAGCCCACUCUACGGAUCCUAGGUCACUGCUUGCUCAGUCCAUUGAAUCCUGAAGAUGUGAAAGAUGCAGCUUCUAAUGCAGUAAGAUCAUUGUACGCAAGAGCCUCUCAUGAUUUGAACCCACAAGCAAUUCUAGCUACAAGGAGUCUAGUUAACCUUGAUACAAGCGCACGAACCGCUGCAAAGACUGUAACUGCAGAGACUGUCAAUGGCUCCUCAAAUGCUAACACUCCCAGCAAGUCGAAGAAACCCGAGAUUCUUCUGGCAUCAAAAUUGAUUUUAGGAAAAAUACUCAUUCGAAGUUAAACCUUGGAUGCAACCAACUCGGAGUACAACAUUCUAAAGAAAACAUUGCAUAUUAAACAUCAAAAGAAGUGAUUAAGGUUAGCUUAUGUCUCUUCAAAUCUAAAAGAUGGCCAAAGAUGUCUUCUGUGAGUGCCUUUGAUCUCUUGUGUGUAGACAUCAAGUCUUGGCCAUUCAAGAGGGUUAGUCAAUGCCUUCAAACAGGUUUUGAGAAUUACUCUCAAAUACAACAUCAGUCAAUCCAAGGUUAUCUAAACACGCCAUUGCCCAUGUUAGAGCUGUUGCUUAUGCCCCCAAGUUGUGAGUAGGCUU